AAUAACAAUAAUAUAUACCUGCAAAUUAGACACCAAUGCAUGGCUUUGAAAACCUCUUUCCAAGUUGUUCUCUUCCUCUUCUUGCUGUUUAAUCUGUUCUCACAAUCUUGUUCAUCAGUAGAUGAGCUGGAGUUCGAUAAAUGGAUAUCUUGGAAUGUCAACAGUUUCCAGAUGCGGCAGAGUAACUUAGAAACGGAGAUCAGAGAAGGCCUCGAAAAGAAGUUGAAGAAGGCGGAGAUGAACAAAGUGAGAAUCAACGUUAGCCAAGACGGAACUGGAGAUUUCAAGACCAUCGGGGGAGCCCUUCAUAGCAUUCCGCUCCAUAAGACCAGAAGAACAAUACUGCAAAUCAAACCUGGUGUUUACAGGGAGAAGAUUGCUGUCCCUAGUAGUUUGCCAUUUGUUACGUUUCUAGGGGAUUCUAGCAAUCCGCCUACUAUAUUAUGGAAUGACACGGCAACCUCGGCGGGAAAGACGUUCAGCAGCGCCACCGUCGCCAUCAAUGCAAGCUAUUUUGUGGCUAUCAAUAUGAAGUUUGUGAACGACGCCCCGUAUGAGAUUGGAUCGGUAGGAGGACAAGCAGUGGCGCUUCGGACGUCGGGGAAUAAGUCUGCAUUUUACAACUGUAGUUUCUAUGGGAACCAGGACACACUUUAUGACCACAAGGGAUUUCACUAUUUCAACAAUUGCUUCAUCCAAGGCUCCGUUGAUUUCAUCUUUGGUUAUGGCCGUUCCCUUUAUGAGAAUUGCCAGUUGAACUCAACGGCGAAGAAUGUGAGCUUCGUGACGGCUCAAAAGCGGACCAUGUCUUCGCUGUCGAGCGGGUUUUCGUUCAAAGAUAGUCAGCUGACAGGGAGUGGAAGGGUGUAUCUUGGAAGAGCGUGGGGGGACUAUUCGAGGGUGGUUUUCUCUUACACCUACAUGCAGAAUAUCGUGCUUCCAGGCGGCUGGGACGACUGGGGCGACCCAGACCGCGAUUCGAGGGUGUACUAUGGAGAAUACAAGUGCAGCGGGCCAGGAGCCAAUUUAAGUGAAAGGGUGCGGUGGGCACGGGCCUUGACAGACCAAGAGGCCAUGCCUUUUAUUGGGACUCACUACAUUGAUGGUCACAAAUGGCUUCUUCCUACUUAACAUAUAUAUUAAUUGUAUACAUACAUUGCACAUUCAAGUUUCCCUCCUAGUCCUAGCCAUAGCAGUCCUCAUAUUGAACACUUCUAACUAAUUAAAUAUAUUUGGGUUCAACUAAUGAAAGGUAUAGUGAUGGAGAAGAGUCUAGCUUAUAUAUUUGUUUGAAUUCUCGCGAAGUGGUCCACCGCAGGGCACUGUACGAUCGAGCACUAAUAUUGCUAAUGCGAAUCCUAUGCAACGUGUGGGGCUUCCCUGGCAGAUUCAGUGGCUAACCUUCAGAAGCAAAUAGCAGCAAUAUCAGAUUGGAGUACAGCUAUAUACGAGCUAUGUACCUCAAUGCUAAAUCCUCUCUAUCUCGCUUUUAACUCCAUACCUUCGGAGGGACAGUGCUUCAGAGCCUCUGCCCCAUGACAUUACAAAAUUGAUGAAGGUGGUGGCAGUUGUAGUGACCAAUCGACAAAAAGUAUAUAUGGCCCUCAAUGAGUACAUGAUUAAGUAUGGUUGAUUUCCAUUAUACCUGCUUUUCCCUU